AUGGAGAGAUCUGAUUCUAGAGAUUUCUACAGCUUUACUCGUGCUUCUUCCUCAGAUAAUAAUAAAAGUACAGUCUUUGACGCAUCUCAGUAUGAGUUCUUUGGUCAAAGUCUUGAAGAAGUGGAAUUGGGAGGUCUUGAUGUUGAUGAUGCUACUACUCUUGUUGGUGGACAUGUUGAUGAUGAAGAGUAUCACUUGUUUGAUAAAAGAGAGGUAUCUGAUAUGGAUGAUCUCGCCACAACUUUUGCAAAGCUGAACAGAGUUGUUACCGGGCCAAAACACCCUGGAGUAAUUGGUGACAAAGGAUCAGGGUCCUUUUCGAGGGAAAGUUCUUCUGCUACAGAUUGGACACAGGAUAAUGAGUUCACAAGCUGGUUGGACCAGCACAUGCUUGAAGAACAAGCUCAGGAAGCUAACUGGUCUUCACAGCAACAAUCAUCUGCUAACUCAAAAUCUUUGUACAGGACAUCCUCUUAUCCUCAGCAGCAAACACAGCUGCAGCAUUACAGUAGCGAACCGAUUAUUGUACCAGAAUCGUCCUUUACGUCUUUUCCUUCUCCUGGAAACAGAACUCAACAAUCUUCACCCAGCCAUCUUCAUCGUGCUCCUUCUCUUCCUGGUGGUAGUCAGUUGACCUUUUCUGCUCCAAAUGCCUCUCCUCUGUCAAAUUCUACGUUCCAUCUUUCAGGAUUGUCACAUGGACCACCGCAUUAUGGUAAUAAUCUGGCUAGAUAUGCGUCAUGUGGUCCGACUCUUGGUAGCAUGGUGCAACCUCCUCACUGGGUUACUGACCCCGGGCUUCUACACGGUGAUCAUUCCGGGUUAUUACAUAGUCUGGCGCAACAGCAGCAUCUGCAAUUGCCUCCUCGGAAUGGUUUUACUUCACAACAGUUGAUCUCCCUUCAGCAGAGACAGUCUCUAGCUCAUCUUGCUGCAUUACAAUCUCAGCUGUAUAGUUCCUAUCCUUCGCCAUCACAUAAAGUUCCUUUCGGGGUUGGUGGUGAAGUAAGGGAACACAAACAUAAGUCAUCUCACCGAAGUCGAAAGAACAGGGGCAUCUCGCAGCAGGCAUCGGAUUUGGCUAGCCAGAAAAGUGAAAGCGGUUUGCAAUUUAGAUCAAAGUACAUGACUUCAGAAGAGAUAGAGAGUAUUCUCAAGAUGCAGCAUUCGAAUUCACACAGCAAUGACCCUUAUGUCAAUGAUUAUUACCACCAAGCUCGGCUUAUCAAGAACUCUGCAGGAUCUAGAGCGAAGCUUCAGUUCUGUCCUUCUCAUUUGAAGGACCACCACUCUCGGUCCCGCAAUAGUUCAGAUCAGCAACCACAAGUUCAUGUGGAUGCUCUUGGGAAGAUUACACUUCCUUUUAUCUCCAGGCCACGAGCCUUACUCGAGGUUGACUCUCCUCCUAGCUCUGGUGAUGGAAGGUCUGAUCAUAAAGGAUCCGGAAAGCACCUGGAGGAUGAACCUCUUGUUGCAGCUAGGGUCACCAUUGAAGAUGCUUUUGGAGUUCUUAUCGAUAUAGUUGACAUAGAUAGGACUCUCCAGUUCAACCGGCCACAAGACGGUGGUGCUCAGCUCAGGAGAAAAAGGCAGAUCCUACUAGAAGGAUUAGCAACAUCACUUCAACUUGUUGAUCCCUUCAGCAAAACCGGUCAGAAAGCCGGGUUGACCACCAAGGAUGAUAUCGUCUUUCUACGCAUAGCGACUCUUCCCAAGGGUCGUAAGUUGCUCACAAAGUAUCUACACCUUCUCACACCAGGUAGCGAGAUCGCUCGGGUUGUCUGUAUGGCUGUAUUCCGCCACCUCAGGUUUCUGUUUGGUGGUCUACCGUCAGACAGCACUGCAGCAGAGACGAUAGCGAAUCUUGCCAAAGCAGUCACGGUUUGUGUUCAAGCAAUGGAUCUCCGAGCACUGAGUGCUUGUCUUGCAGCUGUUGUUUGUUCUUCGGAACAGCCACCUCUCCGUCCAAUAGGAAGCCCUUCUGGUGAUGGAGCAUCAGUUGUAUUGGUAUCUCUUCUCGAGAGAGCGGCUGAAGUAGCAGUAGCGGUGGUUCCACAUGGUAACUCGAAUGACGGACUCUGGAGAGCCUCGUUUGAUGAAUUCUUCUCCCUUCUUACAAAAUAUUGCCGGAGCAAGUAUGAGACAAUCCAUGGUCAGAACCAGGACAAUGCAGCUGAUGUGUUGGAGCUAGCUAUAAAGAGAGAAAUGCCUGCUGAGCUUUUACGUGCGAGUCUACGUCAUACCAAUGAAGACCAGCGUAAUUUUUUACUAAACUUUGGUCGUAAAGCAUCGCCUAUUAGCGAGUCAGCAACCCGUGCAAGGGGUGGUCAGAUCAACUCUGAAUCUGUGAGGGGUUAA